AUGGGCAGCAAGCCUAGCGCAAUUACGAGAUCUCCUGUCGGCGGGUCUGCCGCCGGGACGGGCUCGAAAGCGCCCGAGUCAGCUAAGUGGCCGGAUCCUUACAGAUACACCAGUGGAAGAUGGCUCAAUCGCGACGAGCUCGAGCGCAAUUCCCGCUACAUUCGGUUUGAUUUCUCGGCCUUGUGUGAAAGAGCUAUUAGCCUAUGCCCAGGAGCCACAAAAAUCAUCGAGUGUGAAAAGAAGGAGGGUGGAUUCAACAGAGUGUUCAUAUUCAGAAUGGACACUGGAAUUCGUAUCGUCGCAAGGUUGCCCACUCCCAUUGCUGGGCCACCUGGGCUGGUAACCAAUUCUGAGGUGGCGACAAUGACAUAUCUGCGGUCUAAACUCAACCUUGCGAUUCCGAACGUCCUCGAGUGGAACGACAGUUCCUCAAACCCAGUCGGCAACGAGUACAUCGUGCAAGAACAUGUUGCGGGGGAGCAAUUGCACCAGAGAUGGGCUACAAUGAACUCGGAACAGCAUAUGUUGUGCACCAAGGCGCUUUCGCUAGCGAUUAGAAAGAUGGCAGCUCUGGACUUUCCAGCAUAUGGCAGUCUAUACUUCUCGGAUGCGCCGCUGCCAUCGGAAAAAAAAGUCCCUUUUGAAGAAGGGUACUGUGUCGGGCCUCAUUGCGGCCCUGUUUACUGGAAUUGCAACCCUGGUGAACUUGAGCUGUAUGGCGGCUCCAGUCCAAAUUGCGGUCCAUACACUGGACGUGCUCGGAUCCCACGAGAGAAGUCCGUUAACGAAGGUGUUCUCUCCUACCAAGGACAGGUUCAUGAACAUCAACAAUUACUUCAAACGAGCAAUGAUGUUCUCGAAAGGUUACUAGAUGACAAACGUAUCCAAGACGCAGCUAGCCCUACUCUCCUGCACCCCGACUUUCACAAGAGGAACAUCUACGUCUCGGCAGACGACCCAACGGUCAUCACCGGUCUCAUAGACUGGCAAACGGCAAGCAUCGAGCCGGCAUUCAUAUACGAAAACGAGACGCCAGACUUUGCAGCUCCCCCUAACUCAGAAGACGAGGACACACUAGAAGAUGAGAAAUCCGAAGCACAGCGAGCGAAAGAACGCAAAGACGCCUCAAUCUGCCACCAAACAUACGACGUAUGUAUGAAAGGCCUCGUCCCAAAGCUCCGACCCGCCAGACUCCAAGACCCGACCUUAUUCCGACUUUUCCAUUACGCACACACCUCAUGGAGAGAUAGUGCUGCGGCUGUUCGGCAGGAGUUGAUUGAGCUUUCCGGUCAAUGGCAAGAGCUCGGAUUACAGGGCUCGUGUCCGUAUGUACCGACGGAGGAAGAGCUGGCUCGGCAUUCCAGGGACUAUGAGGACUUCGAGACGGUGCAGAGGUUGAAGGUCUGGCUUAUGAAGUCCUUGGAUACGAAUUCUGAUGGGUGGGUUCCGAAUGAGGCAUGGGAGGCUGCGCGGGAGGCCCAUCGGGCUGCGUAUGAGCAGUGGAUGGAGACGGCUAGGGAGGCGGAGGAGAGGGGGGAUGAGAAUAUAACGGUUGAGAAGGCGGAUAAGUUAUGGCCGUGGGAUGCGAGGUGA